UUUGACAUUGACAUUGACAUCUUAUCUUUAAUUUUUAGCGAGUAAAAUACAUAAAUUAUUUCAAUAUUUUGAAUCCGAAUUGAAUUAUUGUCAUUGAUCCUCUAAAUGUUAUUUAAUGAAUUCAUUUUGUUUAAAAUUUUAAAUCACAUUUAUAUUUUACAAACUAAUAAAAACAAUAUUUAACUGGAAGUUGGAACGGUGUCCAAACAUGGAAUACAUACAAAUUUAGCAACUGUUCGAAAAUUAUUCUUACAUAUUAAAAAUAAUGGAUUUACUCAAAACACCUUCAACACAAUCACUUCUGGAUUCAGAUCUUGAAUCAGUUGAAAGUCUUCAGUAUGUGGACUUUGAAGAGCUUGAUGAAGUUGAAUAUGCAUUACCUACUAGUGAAGCUCCUACUCUAGCAGAAGCAUUAUCUUCUGAAGUAUUGGAAAGUGAAAGCAAAACAUCUGCAAAGAAAUUUGAAGACUCCUCAUGUUCAGCUCUACAAGUUGACUUUUUACAGGCAAUUUCUCAGCAACUGACACAGGCUCAAGAACGUUCAUCAGCAGGAGCGGCCACAACUCUCAGCGUAGGGCCCAGCGGUCGGCUCACUGUGGGCACUGCGCACGGGCAUCUACUCUCAUUCCACGACCAAACAUUACGAUGGGUUUGCGACUCGAACGGAGACAACGGGGCGGUCACAUGUCUGUCUUACAACCGGGACGGCACUCGCAUUCUAGCGGGAUUCGCCCGCGGCCUCGUCUAUCAGUACGAGAGUAUACGAGGAGUGAUUCUCAGACGAGUGACACUAGGCGGGGAGCUGUGGGGUACAUUGAGAGUGACGUGGGCCGACACGUCCGGCCUGGCUCUCGACACCGGCGGCUCGGUGUGGCUCAUACGGUUCUCGAGGCCGUUAGGAGUACGUUCCGCUCGAGUGUCGUGUUUGUUUUCGGGGGCAAGAGGGGAGGUCGUGGCCAUGACGGCUCGCGACGCCCGCGUUUUGGCACUAGCGACUCUUUCGCGGGUCAUCAUAGUGGCGGGGGGCCGAGCCGCUGGAGUGCGAUUGGACGGACCCCCUGACGUCCUUCCAGUAUUGGAAUGGUGCGAGCUCGAUAACAGAAUACUUGUAUCCGCCCGUGCGAACGUUAUGCAAUGGCUAACAGUAACGUUAAUUGGAUCAUCCAUAAGCCUACGACCUGUGCAAAGGGUAGAACUCACUUCGACGCCGAUAUGGCUCGGCUGGUUGGGCGGCAGCCUUACGAUCUUUGAUAGCGAUGAAAAUCUCCGAUUCUGGGGCGAGGAUUACGACAAGCCACUAGAUCUGUCUCAAAUAGAACCUGUGUAUUCGUCUGCAUUUUUCAAGGGCCACUGGACGGACGGUCGCGUGUCGCGCGCUAUGUGCAAGGCGGGUGAGAGCGCCCUCGGCGGCGCUUGCAUCGCCGAGGGCGCGCUCGCACUGUUGGGGCGCCGCGGCGUGGUGCGCGUCAAGCCGCGCGACUUACUCGCUCGUGCGCAAGCGUUCAUGGCCGCCGGCCGCUACUCCCAAGCCUUGAGGCUCCUCUGUUCGUCACAGGGGAUAGAAGCUAAAAAAAUAGCAAAUGAAUUCAUUGGUAAUCUAGCUGACAGACCGCACAUAUUGAGCAACAAGAAUGUCGCAGUUCAAGUUGUUAAACUGUGUCUCAAAUAUGAAUUAAGUGAGGAGUUGUGGAAUUGUCUGUGGGAGAAUUGUUCGGGAGAGCAGGCGUUCGUCGAGGCGUUAGGAGACGCCGCAGUGCGCGGAGAACUCUCCAACAAUCCACCUUCGCCGGACUUGACACAGGAGCUAAUAGAGAGGCUGGCCGAGUUCGAGCCCGCGCUGGUGGAGCGCGUGCUGGCGUCCCUGCCGCUCACGUCGCUGGACCCGCACCGCGCCAGCGUGUUCACGCGCGCGCGCGGCCUGUGGCGCGGCGUCGGCGCCAUCGCGGCGGCGCUGGACGGGUGCAGCGGCGCCAUGCGGUCGCUGGUGGGCUUCGUGUCGGCGUCGUGCGGCGGCGGCGCGGCGUGCGCGUGCGCGGGCGGCGCGCUGCUGCUGGCGGCGGCCGACGCGCUGGCGGCGCGCGGCGCGGGGGGCCGCCCGCUGCCGCCGCACGCGCGCCCCUCCGCGCGACACGACGCGCUGCACGCGCUGCUCGCUGAGGAGUCGGGGGCGCGGUCGCCGCUGCGCGUGCUGGUGGCGCACGACACGGCGGCGGCGGUGCGGCUGCUGGAGCAGUGCGCGCGCGACCCGCCCUUCGCCGGCCCGCUCGGCAAGCAGAACCGUCUGCGCGUGGCGCGCGCGCUGCUCGCCUACUCCGGGGACCUGCAGGAGACUGAGAGACGGCUGGAAAUUUUGGAAUUCAUCGCCGGGCAGCUGAGCUCGGGCGCGCUGCCGCUCGACCAGGAGCUCAUCAAACAUCUGCAGGAGUUCGUCGCGAGCACCGAGCACGAGCGCGCCGACCGCGCCUGGCUCGCCGUGCUGGCGCGCGUGCGGGCGCAGCGCGACCAGCUGCUGGCGCACUACCGCGGCGCCGUGCGGCGGCCGCGCGUGCUGUGGCGGCUCGACGCGAUGCUCGACCGACACGACGAAGCUAUUAAACAAUUUUUCGAAAUACAAAACCCUUCGAGCCAAGACGUCGAUGAGUUCUUCGAACAUUUGAGAUCGAGGAUAGAAGUCGACGCCGAAAUGAAAGGGCGACUCGAACCGUACCUCCCCGCGCUGGCGGAGCUGCGGCCGCGGGCCGCCGCCGCGCUGCUCGGCGACGAGUGCGGCGACACCGUCGCUGCGAUAUUGGACGCGGUCACUUUACAGUGUAAGAUAGAGCUCGGCGAGUGUUUGCUGGAGGCGGGGCGCCUGCGCGGGGACGCCGCCGCCGCGCACCUGCGCACCCUGUGCGCGCACCGACCGCACCACGUGAAACACUUUCUCACUAAGCAUUCUGGAAUCGUGAGGCCCGAAGACGCCCUCGCGAUCGUCAAGGAGUCGGGUCCGGAAGACGCAGAGGCCGUCUGUUUGGAGGCGACCGGCGACCACCUCGGCGCGCUCGACGCUAUCCUGCGUUCGAUGACGGCCGACGCCGACGAGGAGACCAAAGCGACGCUCGUGAACGAAGCGAGCGCGCUCUGCGCCAGGGUGGGGCCGACGGCGCCGGCGCACGUGGCGGCGCAGAUGUGGACGCGGCUGCUGCGGCGCGCGGGCGCCGUGCCGCCGCCGCUGCUGCUGGAGGCGGUGGCGCACCUGCCGCUGGCGGAGCUGGCGGCGGCGGCGUGCGAGUCGGCGCGCGUGGCGGGCGCGGUGCUGGCGGGCGGCGCGGCGCGGCGCAGCGUGUGGCGCUGCGCUGCGCGCGUGGUGCGGCGCGAGGCGCACGAGGCGCUGGCGCGCGCGCUGGCGGCGGCGCGACGCGGGGCUGCGGCGCGCGGCGCGUGCGUGCGCUGCGGGCGCGCGCUGGCGGGCGCGGGCGUGCGCACGCUGCACUGCGCGCGCGCGGCGCACGCGGGCUGCGCGGAGGCGGCGGAGGCGGCGUGCGCGUGCGGGCGGCGCGCGGGCCCGGCGCUGGCGCUGCCGCCGUGGCCGCGCCGCGCGCGCGCGCUGCCGCCCGACGCCGAGCUGCUGCUCGUCGCGCCGCCCCGUCCAGAUCUUGAAGGUGUCGUGUAAAUUUUGACAGCUUUCAGCUUUAAACUUAUACGUUUGUAUUUUAUUUUUAGUUAAGUUAUAUUUACUAAGUGUAAUAAAAUGUUACUCUGUUA